AUGUCCUGGAUCGAUCGACAUGCCUCAAAUCAUAAUGUCCAGCUAGCAGCUGUAGCUCUCAUAUCUGGAAUCGCUGUCGCAGGGACAAUCUUCAGCGUGCAAGCCAUCCGGAGAAAAGAGCGAAUAGAUGAGCUGAAAGCAUCAAUACCAGAGUUGAGCGAGGAUCAUAAAGCUGAUCUACUGAAUGAAUUCGGCGCCCCUAGCACCCACACCCCCUCUCAACCUCAGCAAAUUCCCUCCUACAUCCCUCCCCUCAUUAGCACCAACACUGCACAAGAAGACGCACAAUCCGCGCGCCUCUCUUCCCUCGCCCUCUCCGGCUCCUACGAUCCCACCUUAAUUGACGAACAGCUCACACGUACCUCCUCCUUCCUUGGUCCGGACCGCUUCGCCCGCCUCCGCAAAUCCUUUAUCGUUGUUGUGGGCUUAGGGGGCGUGGGAUCCCACUGUGUUUCCGCGCUUGCAAGAUCGGGCGUCAGCAAGAUCAGACUGGUGGAUUUCGAUCAGGUGACGCUGAGUUCGCUAAAUAGACAUGCGGUGGCUACACUGAGCGAUGUAGGUACGCCGAAGGUGGACUGCGUGAAAAAGCAGCUGAGAGGAGUGGUGCCGUGGGUGGAUUGGGAGUGCUGGAACGAGGUCUGGAAGGUGGAGAGGGCAGGUGUGCUCUUAGGGGCGUCUGCGGAGGGGAGGGACGCGGGGAAGCAGCCAGAUUAUGUAGUUGAUGCUAUCGAUAAUAUUGAUAGUAAAGUAGCGCUUUUGAAGUAUUGUCAUGAAAAUGGGAUCAAGGUCGUGAGCUCAAUGGGGGCGGGGUGCAAGAGUGAUCCUACGAAGAUAUCUGUCGGAGAUAUCAGUGCUAGUGUCGAAGACCCAUUGAGCAGAGUCACGCGGAGACGACUCCGAGCUGUAGGUGUCGCAGAGGGUAUUCCUGUCGUUUAUUCUAUAGAGAAGCCUGGCCCUGGGAAGGCCCAGCUAUUACCUUUGCCGGAAGAAGAGUUUCAGAAGGGUAGUGUCAAUGAGCUCAGCGUCCUACCCGACUUCAGGGCAAGAAUAUUGCCCGUGCUAGGUACCAUGCCAGCAGUCUUCGGGUACGCGGUGGCCAAUUUCUUAGUCAUGGAGAUUACGGGUUAUCCGCAUGAUAUGGCCGCGGGCAAAGCGAGGGAGAAGAUGUAUGAUGCGAUCCUCUCGAAUCUGCAGGGAAGGGAGGAGCAGAUGGCACGGUUUGAGGGGCAGGACCCGCUAGGACUGAGAUUGCCGGUCACAAAGGAGGACGUAGGAUAUCUUGUGGAGGAAGUGUACAAGGGGAAGAGUGUGGUUAGUGGUCUACCAACAAGGUUGACACUGGUGCGGUGGAGAAGGCCCGACAGUGGAUUCAAGAUUAUGGAGGAAUUUGAGGGACAGAAGAUCACGGAGCUGGAGUUGAAUGAGCUUGUUUGUAUGACGAAGGAAGAGGCUUGUAGGCAUGCGAAGAAGGUUCUGAAAGACAGAAAGAGUGUGGAAGAGGUGUACAACGUUAAUAUUGUGAAUAUGGUGAAGCAAAGACAAGAAGAAGACAAGGUGUAUCAUAGAUAUCGAUGA